AUGAGAGUUGAAACAACGCUUUUUUUUAAUUAUGGAGCAGCACUUGCUAAAUCUUUGUUGUAUUAUGAAGCUCAACGCUCUGGAAAACUGCCUCCUAACCAGAGAGUGCAAUGGAGUGGAGAUUCUGGGCUUAAAGAUGGCAGCGAUGCUCAAAUCGAUCUAGUAGGAGGAUACUAUGAUGCAGGAGAUAAUGUAAAGUUUGGAUUUCCAAUGGCAUUUACUGUGACAAUGCUUGCAUGGAGCACUGUCGAAUUCCAAUCCCAGCUAGAGGCCAAAAAUGAACUCUCAAAUGCCCUGGACGCCAUCAAAUGGGGCACAGAUUACUUCAUCAAAGCCCACCCUCAGCCAGACGUCCUUUAUGGUGAAGUAGGUGAUGGUGAUUCCGAUCAUUCUUGUUGGGAGAGACCGGAGGAAAUGACCACUCCGAGGACUACUUUUAAGAUUGAUGAUCAACACCCUGGUGCUGAUCUUGCAGCUGAGACUGCUGCCGCCUUGGCUGCUGCAUCUAUUGCUUUCAAACCUUCUAACCCUACAUAUGCAACUGAAUUAAUAAAUCAUGCAAAACAGCUCUUUGGGUUUGCUCAAUACCCUGGUCAAUACCAAAACAGCAUCCCUGUGGCUGGAAAAUUCUACUCCAGCAGUGGAUAUGAGGUAAUUACAAAUAUAUUGAUGAACAAGUGA